AUGGUUUCAUUCUCGUGUGAAGUGUGCAACGACACUGUGAUCAAAAAGAAGUUGGACCAGCACCGUCAGCGGUGCUACGACGCGUAUUUCACAUGUAUCGACUGCUCGACCACGUUCCAUGGUAAUGAUCACAAAAGCCACACGCAGUGUAUCUCCGAGGCGGAAAAGUACGAGAAGGCCUUGUAUAAGGGCAAGCCUUCCAAAGCAGCUGGAAAGACCAACAGCGCACAAGCCAAAUCCGGUAAGCCGGCGGCCAAGAAGGAGGACGAGAAGAAUGUCGCCGAGGAGACCGACAGUAAGAAACUGAAGAAGGCCAAGGACACGACGGCCGAGGAGUCGAAGGACAAG